AUGGCGUAUCAUCCUAGCAGCGUCUCACAUAACAAACGAUACAAAGACAGUGUUUAUGGCACAAUCUACGGAGCAUGCAUUGGCAAUGCUAUAGGAACAUUGACUGAGGACAUGAAAAAGCGCCAAGUGAAUCAUAAAUAUCCAUCCAAAUAUUUACAAUCAUAUAUUAGAGAAGCGCUACGUACAUUUCGUGGAGGAAUGACAGGAUCAGGCUGCAGAAUACAUGAUAGCGACUUGAUGUUUUUAGUUGUACAAUCUAUUACUGAAUGCAAUGGACAGAUUGAUGCAAAGGAUCUUAUCGACAGAUUACGUCUUCUCGACAGACAUGGUAUAGGACGCACUACACAUAAAGUGAUUAACCAUCGCUUGGCCAGCAUAGACCCACAUCUUGCUGCAAUCGAAGUUUGGAAAGACAGUGGUAAAGCAUCAGCACCAAAUGGAGCAGUUGUACGCACAUCUGUGGUUGGUAUCCACCAGUGUAACGACAUUCAGGAAGUAAUUAAGAACACCAUCAAUAUUUGCAAAAUGACACAUGCUGACCCACGAUGUGUUGCUUCUUGUAUUGCCGUGACAACAGGUAUUGCACUGAUGCUACAAGGCAACGAGUACUUCGAAAUCAAUGAAACAUGCUUUGAUCAUGCCAGAAAAUACCUUGCAUCACAAAAACAGGACAGGGAAAUGUAUAGCUACAUGAAUGUCGCAAAUUGUAGAGAUCUACACUUAGACGACGAAGGUUCUAGUUAUACUUUCAAGUGUGUUGGAGCAGGUUUUUGGGCUUUGAGACAGAACGAUUUCAGAGAAACGUUGAUUACGAUUGUUAAGGAGUUUUACCGUGAUGCAGAACUGGAAUACCAAUUGAAGGAAAGGGUAGACAAGCAUAAAGACCACCAGCGCAGAUGGAAGGUAGGCGAUUGGACCGACGAUAGCGAUCAGAUGAUUUUGAUAUUACAAUCACUGGUAGAUAAUAGUGGACAGGUUAAUCCGACAGACUUUGCGUACAAACUCUUAAAUUGGACGACAAAUGGAUUUCGCGAUCUUGGUGACACAGGAGGCCUUGGCAUAGGUACCACAACAUACAAAGUACUUAGUCAUUCAGUGUUUCGCAAUAACCCAAAACAGGCAGCUCAUGAGGUGUGGAGUUCUAGUGGUGGAUACUUGGCACCAAAUGGAGCAGUGAUGAGAACAUCAAUACUUGGCAUUCAUCAGUUUGAAGAUAUUGAAAUGGUCAAAGAGAACACGGUGAAAAUAUGUGAAACAACCCAUGCUGAUCCAAGAUGCAUUGCAUCCUGUGUUGCUGUGACGACGGCUAUUGCUUUGAUGUUACAAGGAAAACAUUUACGGCACUGCGGAGAAUACGAUGUGGAAAUGAUUGUGAAAGACAGUUUUAGACAUGCAAAGGAUUACUUGAAAAAUUGCUCGUAUAUUGAUGAGUUACAACGUUACAUGAACACAUGUGAUAUUAGAAGCUUGAGGCUAGAUGAGCCUGGAAAAAUCGGUUACACGUACAAAUGCUUAGGGGCUGGUUUCUGGGCCUUGCGACAGACAGAUUUCAGACGUGCUUUGACUAGUAUUGUAAAAGAGGCAGGUGACGCAGACACCAAUGGAGCAGUAGCCGGGGCAUUAUUAGGUUGCAAGCUUGGUUACAACAGAUUACCAAGAUCAUGGAAGGAGAACUUGAGAUACAAACAGUGGUUACAGUUAAAGAUUAUUAGUUUUCUAGAUAUGGAAAGAAUUUCCGAAAACUCAUCGCAUGCGCCAUCAACGUGUGAUUGGAAGUCAGAUUUAACACCGCCGGUGGGAGGAGUAUCUGCCUUUACUCGCACACGUGAUACGAUAUUGUCAUCUACAACUGAUAAUCGACACCCACGAUCGCAAUCACAAUCAGAGUUAUCAUCGUGGCAUCGUUUUUACCAAAACUGACUAUUGUCAAAUUAAGCAAUACACUAUGUCGAUGGCGAUGUGGGAAGCUCUUUUACGCGUAUUUAAUUAGAUAAAUG